GGUUGUGGUUUCCCCGCUCGGAGUUCCUCGGAUAACGAGACGUUUCCUGACGGGUCCUCCUCCCGUCCAGCACAACGCCGCCGGGCCGGCCGGGGAUGUGGCCAGGGGCGUGGCCGUGGCCGGGGGCGGGGCCGCGUUCUAAUCUGGUCCGGGUGAUUCAGGCGUUGGGCAUACCGGGCUCUCCUUUCACGCCAAAUAAGGCCCUCCCCUCCCCCACCUCCCAGCAUGCCUCUGGCCGGCUUGCUGUGUGUCAGGAGAACACUGCUAUUCUUAGCCUGUCUCUCCAGACCCCCCGCGACACACAGACCUCCUCUCUGCUCCUCUCUCUGCUCCUCUCUCUCUGCUCCUCUCUCUGCUCCUCCUCUUUCUGCUCCUCUCUCUCUGCUCCUCUCUCUGCUCCUCCUCUUUCUGCACCUCCUCUCUGCUCCUCUCUCUGCUCCUCUCUCUGCUCCUCCUCUCCCUGCUCCUCUCUCUCUGCUCCUCCUCUCUCUCUGCUCGUCCUCUCUCUGCUCCUCUCUCUCCUCUCUCUCUGUCUGUGUGUAGAUCAGAGGUCGGGUUUGGCCUGUAGACCUCCAGACCGGUUCAGACCUGAUCUUUCGGUCCCAUCUUGGGUUGAACCCGCUCUGCUCUCCAGCUUGAGGCCGCUCUGGACUGGAGGAUGGGGACCUACAGCGUGGCUCUGGUGGGCCCCGGGCCCUGGGGCUUCAGACUGCAGGGAGGCAAGGACUUCAACAUGCCCCUCACCAUCUCUAGGAUCACCCCAGGCAGCAAGGCGUCGGGGGGCAGCCUGGUGCAGGGUGAUGUCAUCGUGGCGAUCGACGGUGUGGCGACGGAGGGCAUGACUCACCUGGAGGCGCAGAACCGCAUCAAGAUGGCCGCCUGUAACCUGGCGCUCACCAUGACCAAGGCAAAGCUUCGCCAAGUUCCGGUAACAGCAGGAACACUGUCAGCAAUGCCCGGUCAACAGAUCACCCCUAUUCACCUCCCCCCUUGUCCCCCUAAGCCCCAAGAGGUGAAGGGUGUCGGGGGUCCUGGGGGCGGGGCCUCCCUCCAGUACAACUCCCCCAUUGGCCUCUACUCCCACGACUCCAUCAUGGAUGCCAUGGUCGGCCAAUCACAGAACAAGGCUCAAGAGACGAAUCAGUACAGCCAACCACCUGCCCCGUACCACGCCCAGCCCAAUCAGCAAGCCCCGCCCCCUCAGAUGUACCAGCAGCAAGCCCCGCCCCCACAGAUGUACCAGCAGCAAGCUCCGCCUCCACAGAUGUACCAGCAGCAAGCACCGCCCCAACAGAUGUACCAGCAGCAAGCUCCGCCUCCUCAAAUGUACCAACAGCAAGCCCCGCCUCCUCAGAUGUACCAGCAGCAGGCUCCUCCCAUGCAGCAGGCUCCUCCCAUGCAGCAGGCUCCGCCCAUGCAUCAGGCGCCGCCCAUGCAGCAGAGUUCCAUGCAGUUCCCUGUGGGACCCCCAGAACCUAAAGCGGCCAGCAUCGACCCUACCCCACCAGCAGCAGCGCCCCCCACUGCCCCAGCCCCCCCCUCCUCUUCCGGCCGGCCCCCUUGGGUCUCCGACAACUCCUUCGCUGACAAGUUUGAUCCCUCCAAGACCACCACCACCACCAUGAAAGUCCAGCCCCUUCCCCAGUCCGCCCCUCCCCCCCCUCCCUACAACCCCUCGCCUGGCCACGCCGCGGCACCAGGCCACGCCCCGUUCAGUCAUAGCCCCGCCCCCUUCAGUCCUAGCCCCGCCCCGUUUUCCCCCGUGGCCAGGGGUGUGGCCCAGAGAGCGGAGAGGUGUGCUGCCGGCAGCCGCACCCCCCUGUGUGGAGCCUGUAACAGUGUCAUCAGGGGCCCGUUCCUGGUGGCCCUGGGCCGGUCCUGGCACCCAGAGGAGUUUAACUGCCACUACUGCCACACGUCCCUGGCCGACGCCAGCUUCGUGGAGGAGCAGAACAACGUGUACUGUGAGAACUGCUACGGGGAGUUCUUCGCCCCCACAUGCGCUCGCUGCAACGACAAGAUCAUGGGGGAGGUGAUGCACGCCCUGCGUCAGACCUGGCACACCACCUGCUUUGUGUGCGCUGCGUGUGGGAAGGCCUUCGGGAACAGCCUGUUCCACAUGGAGGACGGGGAGCCCUACUGCGAGAAAGACUACAUCUCUCUGUUCAGCACUAAGUGUCAUGGCUGUGACUUCCCGGUGGAGGCGGGCGAUAAGUUCAUCGAGGCGCUGGGCCACACCUGGCACGACACCUGCUUCGUCUGCGCGGUGUGUAACAUCAACCUGGAGGGUCAGCCGUUCUACUCCAAGAAAGACAAGCCGCUCUGCAAGAAGCACGCUCACGCCAUCAACGUGUAGACCUGGUCCGGUCUUGUCUGGUCUGGUGUGGUCCGGUCUGGUCUGGUCUGGUCCGGUCUGGUCUGGUCCGGUCUGGUCUGGUCUGGUCCGGUCCGGUCUGGUCUGGUCCGGUCUGUUCUGGUCUGGUCUGGGAGAAGCUGAGGAUAAUGUUUAGGAAACGGUCCACACUAAAUAUUCACUGCUUUGGUUUGUUUGAUAAUAUUUUGACAAAUUUAGUAAUAAAUACUAGAUUAUACAUCUGCGAGUGGGAAUAACAUAGAGACACUCUAUUAACAUGGAUGAACGUUAGAGCCUCUAACUGUGCUCGGAACUGUAAGAGCUCCAACUCUAGAACCCUGUUAGAGCUCUAGAACACUGGUAGAACUCUAGAACACAGAUAGAGCUCUAGAAACCUGUUAGAGCUCUAGAACACUGGUAGAACUCUAGAACACGGAUAGAGCUCUAGAACCCUGUUAGAGCUCUAGAACUCUGCUAUAGCUCUAACUCUAUACGGCUAUUAGAGCUCUAGCACUAUGUUGGAGCUCUAACUCUAGGUCACUGAGAGAGCCAAAAAACCCUGUUAGAGCUCUAAUUAUAGAACAAUGUUAGAGCCCUAGCUGUAGAAACUGUCAGAUAUCUAGUAGACUGUUUGAGCUCUCGUUCUAGAACCCUGUGGGAUCCAGAACACGUGGAGGAAAAUGCUAAUCCAUAUUUAUGCUCAGUAACAACAUUUGAAUGGCAUGAUAUUUAUUUAAAGGUGAUUUCACAACGCUCAGUACUAAUUAUUAAUAUGCAUCGUUUUCUUUUUGGCAUUAGGGGUCACAAGAUGUUAUUAAGUCAAUGUUACACAUGAAUGUUUGUGCGAGUGUGUGUGUGUGUGUGUGUUCGUGUGUGUGUGUGUGUGUGUGUGUGUGUGUGUGUGUGUGUGUGUGUGUGUGUGUGUGUGUGUGUGUGUGUGUGCGCGCGCUCUUCUUGAAAACAUGAAUUAGUUGUGAGGAUGGUUGUGAUAUUGCAUGAAGGUUUAACAGACAACUCAGUCUCUCUUUGAAACAUGAGGAGGACUUGAAAAGAGUCUCUCGAAAAGAUUUAAUUGAGUCUAUUGUGCCAUAAAGCAAAACAGCAUCCAUCACAUGUGGUAUAAACCGGUGAAAACCUGUUCAAUCCGGUGUUAUGGUGCCCCAGUCUAGUCCCAUGGUUCCCUGGUUGGUUCCCUCCCAGCUGAUGGGUGACCAGACUUCUGGAGACCAGACGACAACAUCACACACACUCUGAUUAAUAGAUUUAAUACACUUCAAUGACCUCCCAUCGAAAGGGUGGAACUUUUUGAAAGUAUUUUUUAUCUUGACUGUUUACAUUCUGUUUGAUAAUGUUGGGGGGGGGGGCUUCAUAUUUUUACCGUAAUAAAGCACACUUUGAGCAAGA